GCUCUCUGUCUCUCUCGCCUCCUCCUCCUCCUCCCCCUUCUCCUCUUCCACCUCCUCCUGCUUUUCUCAAGUUGAGAUGAUGUGUGCAUUUUUGAGUGGAAAGUGACGGACUGUGAAGUAGUCGGAGUGGUCAGGACUAAUUGACUUAAAGACUUAAAAACUUCUUCACUCUCACUCUGUUUAUUCCCUCUCUCUCUCUUCAACAACAAGACUUCCAGAAGUUGUAAGAAGAGCCAUGUCGAAUCCAUGUUCCAGUCUUUUGGAGGUUCUGGGUAUGCUUGUGGGAGUGGGAGCAUGGUUCUGCUCGCUCGCCUCUACACUCAUGCCCAGCUGGCUGAGCCUCUCCACUGAGCUGUUUGUCCUGGAGAGUUAUGAAGUGGGCCUGUGGGAGUCCUGUAUUGUGCAGGAGGUGGCAGGCACUGAAUGUCGUGCUUAUGAAACCCUUCUGGGUCUGUCACACAACCUCACACUGGCCCGGGUCUGCAUGUGUAUUUCAGACGCACUAGCACUCCUGGGCCUCCUGAUCGCUAUCCCAGGUCUGAGACUGGUGAAAAGUUGUGGGGGAUCGCAGGGAAGGAAGGUGAAGAGCGGCAUGAAGAUCACAGCGGGCGUUAUGGGCCUAAUAGCUGGCAUCCUCGUACUCUAUCCUGUCUCCAACCUUGCCCAUGAGACCGUUCUGAAGUUCCAUGAUCACACAGUGCCUCAUACUGUGCCUCGCUGGGAGUUUGGCGAUGCACUGUUUGUCGGCUGGGCUGCAGGUUUUUUUCACAUAGUCUCUGCUGUGUUGUUCUUCACCUCAUGUUGCGGUUCGGAUGAGAACGAGAUGCAUUUAUCAUACCAUCACCAAGAAAAGUUUCAGCCUGUGAACAGCUCAGGCAAAAGGCAUGUGGAGUACGUUUAGCAGGAGCCAAGAAACCUUCAGAGUGUUUAAUAGGACAGGUUAGAUAAGCUGAUGACUUUUUCUUUUAUAAUGUACACUCUUCUCUUUUCUUUGGUCACUGCAAUCCAACAGGUAACUUGCUGGAAUGUGCUAAUAUUUUUGCACUGCUCUCCUAUCAGUAAUAACUUUUAUUCUAUUUGCAGCCACUGUGAAUUAAUGCUCUUAAACUGCUUAGACAUAUGUACACAAGCUUUUUUUCCAAGCGAUAUUUUUCAUCUAGUAAAUUGUAAUGUAUAACUAUAUAUCUAUAUAUGUCACAAAAUGGAAUAUUGAAAUAUUUGGUGAUAAAUUUAUAGCUACUGUACAUUUAUAUAAAAGUAUUGUUGUAUAUUUACACUUGAGUACAUGAGUGUAUUUCUGUAUAUACUAUCAUAUAUCUAGCUAGUAUACAUUGUACAUGUAUACAAUAUUAAUAAAAUGACUAGGAACAAAACUGCUUGUUGGAAAAACAAGUUCUUCUGAAACCUCUUCAUGUCAAUAACAAAUGCAGAUCUUAUUGUUAAGUUGUUAAGUGACUGGGAGAAAAAUAGCCUUUGAAAAACAUCUGCUGUUGAUCCAUAAUGACACAAAAAACCAAACAAAAAAUGCAUCACAAGAAAUCGCAUUUUCGCUGAAUGCAUUCUAAUCUCUACAUGUAAGAAACUAAGUACCUUUUUGUCAGGGUUUGGAAAAAGGUUAACAGUGUGCUUGAGACUAAUUGGACCUAAUGUCCUCUUCAUAUCAGCAUGUGGAAUAAGCUGUGUUUAAUGAAGCCUCUAUGAACAGUAUGUCCUAAUGAGGAAUGCCAAACCACCACCCUGCUGCCUCCUCCUUCUACUACGUUGAUGACUCUGAUUUGACCUGAUUAAGGGUACUACUGGCCAAUUUAUCCUUGGAAAAAGACAUCGACUAAGCAAAGAGACAUGUGUUUAAUAAAAGAUAAUAAAGUCUUCGGACACUAGUUUUCACUAGGCUUUCAAAAACACAUUAUCUUUAAAUGAAUGUAAAAAUGGCAGAAGAAUAUCAGUGCUAUGAUGUAAUACUUUGUAUGAAUUAAUUAUGGGUCAGUUUGAUUUUUAAUGAAUUUAGUUGAUACAGCCUGAUACUUAAACUCCCAAGAGAUUAGUGAGCAACAUCUGUCUAAACAAACAGAUAAUGAGUCUGGAUCAAAAAUCUGGGUCUACUCACUGGUACUGUGUUAUUUUAGUUUUUAUUAAGGAUCAUAUUUUCCCAAUCAAGCUUUUGCCCUCAUGCAAAUAAAAGCAUCAGAUCUUU